AUGGACCCUUCUGCUGAAACUAUCAUAGAUUGUCUAUUUAAGUGUAUUUAAGAUGGGGUAAACUCUAUUUAGGUUUUCGAAAGGUGGAGUAGACAUUCGGAUAUGGGAAAAUAUAUUAGUAUUUUGGAAGAAUGGGAUGAUGUAGUAAAUGAAGGGUGGAAGGAAGGUAAUAAUAGUGUAUAUUUAAAUGCUUAAGAAAUUAUUGAUAAGGAAUUAUUGGAAAAUUGUAAUUUAAAGGAACUUAUUUUAUAGGCUUUUGAUAGAUGUAAAGAAGAAAUUAGAAACAAUUUCGAAAACUAUCUUUUGUAGUUUUGGGAAAAUGAAUAGAUUAACAUUGAAAUUUUCAAAAACGAAAAAUUAAGAAAUGCAGGAGAUAUGUUCUUUUGGUCUAUAAAAAAACUAUAAGAAUAAAAAGAAAGCUUAGAAAGAGAAUUAACUAGCGUUUUUGAUUUAGGUUUAUUAAAAAUUGAUAGCAGUAAAAUAAGAAAAAAAAUAGUGCCUUAACCAAAUGAAAUUAUAAAGGUUUUUGCUAAUUUCAUGCCUAUAAUGAUAUAAGAAAGGACUUAUUAAAUUAAAAAAUGGAUGGAUGAUGUAACAUAAUAAUUAAUAGGAGGUGGUAAUAAUAUAGAUGAUUUUGUAAAUAAAUAAAAUUCAUUAAGGAAUAUAUAGAAAUAACUUCCAAUAUAUAAAAUGAAAUUUUCAGAUAUAUGUAGUAUCAGAAAUAUAAUAUUAGAAAAUAAAUUUGAAAUGAAAAAAGACGAUAUGUAAUUAAUUAAUGAAACAUAAAAUGUUUAAAAAAGACUUGAAUAAACUAUUUAAUAAUGCGAAGAAAUGUCUGAAAGAAAUGCUGAAAAAUACAUGAAAGAUGUAAAAGAAGUUCUUAUUCCAACACUAAUGAAGGAAGCUUUUGAUACUAAUCUUCUUUUGUAAGAUAUGAAAUAUCUCUCACAUGAUAUAGACACUGAUUAGGCUAUAAUGGAGCUUGAAGAAUUAUAUAAUAAAGCCAGGUAGUUAUCUGAAAAUUCCAAAAUAUAUAACCAUUACGAGAAUACACUUGGCUUAUAAAUUAGCAGAUUUGAAGAAAUCGAAAAUCUAAUACAAGAAUCCAAUUUAAUAUAUUUAAUGUGGAAAUCGCUAAAGGAAUGGAAAAAACUUACUUAAGGGUGGAUUGGAGGGAAGUUUAAUAAUAUAGACACAGAAGAAAUUCGAUAAAAAGCUGAAUUUUAUUCCAAAAUAAUGCAGAGAUGUGACAAAAGACUGCCUUAAAAUGUCAUUUUGACAGAACUUAAAUAAAUUGUGAAUAGUUUUAAAGACACAAUGCCUGUAGUUAUUGCUUUAAGAAAUAAAAACUUAAAAAACUAUCAUUGGGAUGCUAUAAAGAAGAUUAUAGGGAAAGAAUUUGAAAUAAACGAUGAAUUUACACUAAAAAAUUUAAUUGACAUGAACGUAGUUUAAUUCAUGGACGAAAUUUAGGAAGUCUCCACAUAGGCUACUUAAGAGACUGUUUUAGAAAAAUAAUACACUAACAUAAAGGAAAAAUGGGAGAAGUAAGAAUUCGAACUAGCGCCCUAUAAACAUUAUUAGUUAAGGACUAAAGAAGCUUAUGUUUUGGACUGUGUGGAUGAUUUAUUUGCUAGUCUAGAUGAAUAUUUGGCUAAUUUAAAUAAUAUAUUAGGUUCUAGAUAUUUAAAGAAAAUGAGAUAAGAUGUCGAAAAACUACAAAAAAACGUUCUUUAUUGUCAGGAAACAAUUGACGAUAUGCUCGCAGUCUAAAAAAACUGGAUUUAUUUAGAAAACAUAUUCUCUUCUAACGAAAUAAAAAAUAAAUUAAAAGAAGAAACUGUAUAAUUUGAACAUGUAGAUAAAUUCUUUAAAAACCAAAUGGGAAAAGCCUGCAAACUAAAAUGUAUAAUAAAAGUCAUUUCUAUAAAGGAGAAAUCCCUAAAUACAUGGCGUAAGCAUAAAGACACCCUCAACAACAUACAAAAAGCCCUAGAUAAUUACCUAGAAGAUAAAAGGGUCGAAUUCCCUCGUUUUUAUUUUCUUUCUAACGAUGAACUAAUUGAAAUUAUGGCAAAAGCAGGUGAUAUAGAAGCUAUACAAAAAAACCUUAAAAAAUGUUUUGAUGGAAUCUACAGACUGAAUAUGGACUAAAACGCCACAAAUAUGAUCAAAGGCAUAAUUUCCCCCGAAGGCGAAAACCUCAAUUUCUCAAAAGACCUCCCUGCAAAAGGCGAAGUUGAAAAAUGGCUGAAUUUAGUCUAAGAAUAUAUGAGGGAUUCUAUGAAAAAAUACUUUAAAAAAUGCCGCACUGAUUCUGAUGUAAAAGACCGAAAAGACUGGGUUUUGCUUCACCCGGCUUAAAUAGUGGCCACAAUCUCAAAUAUACAAUGGACUUAUUACACUGAAGUAUCUAUAAUAAGUGCAGCUGAUGAUAAUGGUAAUUCUCUAUUUAAUUGGUAUACUGCAAAUCUGGAAUAUCUGGAUGAAUUAACUCGAUUAAUUACAUCAGGCUUAGAUCCUGUUAAACAUAAAAGUAUAGUCGCCUUAAUUACUUAGGAUGUACAUGCGAGAGAUAUUCUGGAAGGUUUAUGUGAGGAUUCUGUGACAUCAGUGAAUGACUUUAGUUGGUUGAAAUAACUGAGAUAUUAUUACGAAGAAGAGGAUGUUUAGGUUAAAUAAGUUAAUUAGAAAAUCAAGUAUGGAAAUGAGUAUUUAGGGGCUACUUCUAGAUUAGUUAUUACUCCUCUAACUGAUAGAUGCUGGAUUACUAUUACUGGAGCUUUGGGUAUUAAACUAGGAUGCGCUCCGGCUGGUCCUGCGGGUACUGGAAAAACGGAAUCAACAAAAGAUUUAGCUAAAGCAUUAGGAAUGUUAUGCGUUGUAUUUAAUUGUUCUGACUAAAUAGAAUAUUAGAUGAUGGGUAGACUUUUUUCUGGUUUAGCUUAAUAAGGAGCCUGGGCAUGUUUAGAUGAAUUCAAUCGUAUAGACAUAGAAGUACUUUCCGUUAUAGCUUAAUAAUUACUAACUAUUAGGUAAGCUUUAAUGAAAGGAAUCAAAGAAGACGAGACUUUUCUAUUUAUAGAUCGAGAAAUACACCUAAAAGCUGACGGUUAUGGAGUUUUCAUUACCAUGAACCCCGGAUAUGCGGGCAGAACAGAGCUUCCUGAUAAUCUAAAAGUCCUUUUCCGACCAGUUUCAAUGAUGAUUCCUGACUAUCGUUUAAUCGCUGAAAUAAUGCUUUUCGCUGAAGGCUUCGAAAACGCUAAGCCUUUAUCAAAAAAAAUGGUUUAAUUAUACAAAUUGUCUUCCGAGUAAUUAUCUCAAUAAGACCAUUAUGAUUUCGGUAUGAGAGCAGUUAAAAGCGUGCUAGUGAUGGCUGGAACACUCAAAAGGGCAGAACCGGAUUUAAAGGAAGACGUAGUAUUAAUUAGGGCAAUGAGAGACUCUAAUAUUCCUAAAUUUUUGAAGGACGAUCUGCCCCUUUUCUAGGCUUUGAUUUAGGACCUUUUCCCUAAUGAAGUCAUUCCAAAUCCUGACUAUACUGAAAUUUCUAAUUAAAUAAACCUUUCUUUCAAUACUCUUGGAUUAUAGAAUGUUGCUUUAAUGAAGGAAAAAUGCAUCUAGCUUUUCGAUACUUUCAAUGUAAGAUUUGGUGUGAUGUUAGUCGGUUAAACUACUUCUGGGAAAACAACUUGUUUUUAAUUAUUAUAAGAUUGUAUGACUGAACUCAAAAAAAACAAAAAUACUACAGAUAAGAGAUUUUAGGAAGUAAUAACUCACAUAGUGAACCCAAAAUGUAUAAGCAUGGGUGAAUUAUAUGGGGAAGUAAAUCCUUUUACAUAAGAAUGGCAGGAUGGCUUAGCCUCUUAAAUUAUGAGAAAUUCCUCUAGUGAUGAAACUGAAUUAAGAUAAUGGGUAGUUUUUGACGGGCCAGUAGAUGCUUUAUGGAUUGAAAUAUGA